UAAUGAGAGAGAACCCACUCCACCAGCCACUGCAAAGUACAUUUACUAAAAUAAUUCUCUCUUUCCGCUCCCUGCUCAACCCACCGCUGGUGUGCUAUUGCUCCUGCUCUGAGCUUCUGACAUUCUUUCUGCGAAUAUGAAGGACGAUGAUGCGCCGACAAUAAUAUCAAUACCUGCAACCGCCGCCACUGCUACAACAGCAAAGAAGGAUGCCUCAGAUGGUGCUCUUUUUGGUAAAACUCGAUACAAGUUCUGGGUCUUAGCUGCAAUUCUCCUUCUUGCAUUUUGGACUAUGUUCACUGGCUCCGUUACUCUCAAAUGGUCCACCGGUAACCUCUCCCAUGUCAACGAGGAUCUCGACUUUCCAAUCCGUGAUGAUGAUCUCGACAUCCUUGAAGUGGAAGAGAAAGAGCAUUUGGUGAGGCAUAUGUGGGACAUCUACACCCACAGCUCUAGUACUAAACUGCCUCGUUUUUGGCAAGAAGCUUUUGAAGCUGCUUAUGAAGCUUUGGCUAGUGAUGUUACUGCCAUUAGAGAUGCUGCAGUUUCCGAGAUCGCCAAGCUCUCUCUUUGUUCCUUCAAUCCUGACCCGCUUCCAGUUCAAUCUACACCAGACACUAGCAAUCGGAAGUCCCAAGAUAAGCAAGAGGCCUAGCCAAUAACAGGAAUUCUUGUUUUUCUAUUGAGCAUGUUGAAAUUUGUUGUGCCUACUCAAAAGUUCUAAGGAUCGGUUACAACGGAUUGGAGUUUUACAUCAUUUGUUACACUGAUAUAGGAUGAUCAAUUUUACAUAAUACAUUCCCAUUUUGCUGUCCUUUUUCUUCUAUAACAAUAAAUAUUAUAUGAUGAAGGUAAUUGUAUAA